GUAAUAUAAUAAAUUUUUAGGGCGAGAUCACGCAUUCUUGAACAAAAUGAAGCUAAAGAACGUGAACGUUAUGUGUUAAAGUUUAUCAAAAUAAUGAAAAGCUUAAGAAAGAUGAAUAAUUUUAAUUCAUAUUUAGCACUUUUAUCUGCAUUAGAUAGUGCACCAAUAAGACGUUUAGAAUGGCAAAAAUAUAUAACAGAAGGAUUAAAAGAAUACUGUGCACUGAUUGAUAGCUCAUCAAGUUUUAGAGCUUAUAGACAAGCUUUAGCUGACACAAAUCCUCCAUGCAUCCCUUACAUAGGACUAGUAUUACAAGAUUUAACAUUUGUACACAUUGGCAACAAUGAUUAUAUAUCAGACAAUAUAAUAAACUUUUCCAAAAGAUGGCAACAGUUUAAUAUUGUUGAAAAUAUGAAGAGAUUUAAAAAAGGAUGCUACAAUUUUAAGAAACAUGAUCAUAUCAUUGCAUUCUUUAACAAUUUUGAUGAGUUCCUAUGUGAAGAAGCCAURUGGCAAAUCAGUGAAAGCAUUAAGCCAAGGGGAAGUAAAAAAACUUCAUAAAAGUAUAUCUAAAAAAAAUAUAUAUAUUUUUAUAGCAAUUGAUAUUCAAAGCAGUAGUGAGAAAAUUGUUGGUUUUCCAAUGAUUUUAUGUGUUUUAACAUAAUUUUCUAAGGCAGUUAAAAUCUCAUAUAGAAUCCUCGAUUCUCAAAUUUGUUUUGAAAAUAAUUCAAACAGUACCUUAUAAAAUUAAUUUUUGUGAAUGUUUAGUAGUUUCCAUAUAAUUUACCAUACAAUUAUUAAUAUUUUAGUGCUAUAACUUUCUCACAAUAAGACAUGCUAUUCAAACAAAUUGCAUAUUAUAUAUAUCAAUUAACAAAAAUUGCAAUAUUUAGUAAAUUAUUCACAAUAAUUUUAAUUUCCAUUAUGAAUUUAUGACUUACUUUUGUUGACUUUUCGAUUGGAUUUGUUCAUAACUAUAAAUAUUUAAAUUUCAAUGUAAGGUUAAAUCAGAUAUUCCAAUUUUUUUUAUUUGGUAAUUAUAUUUUUAUGAGCACUUCUAAUUUAAAAAUAAUAUAAACACUAUACUUAACUGUGCACCUCUUUAAACCAUUAUGCAAUCAUUGCUAUCAUAUCUGGAAUAAUAACAACAUAUAACUCAUGUCAUAGUGAGUAAAAUGAAACAAGCUUUUGACCAUCCAUUCUGCUUUUAAAAUUAUUAUAUCUCAUUAAUUUGGGUACCUAAUAUAUACUUGUUCUAUGAUUAAAAUUAGAUAAAAUUUUAAAAAUUAACAAUUAAUAAUGUCUUAAAUAAGAUAGAUCUUAGCAAAUAUCUAGUCA